AUUGAAACUUUGUUUAACUGCAUCAAUCCUGCUACCUUGAUUAAUAGAAAGCUGGCCUUAGCGACGACUUGGCGUUCUUGUUUUGUAAGGAAUGGAUGACUUCCAAGCAUCUGAAGAGACUACGUUUGUUCCAGAAGAAGUAAAGAAUAUUGUCAAAGAGUGCAUAGAAAGCAUUGUAGGGUCCAGUUCAUAUUCACAAAGCAAGGUACAACUGUGGACAUCAACCGUAAUUGAACAAUGCCUUAACCAUCUUACCAAACUCGGAAAGCCGUUCAAAUAUAUUGUUACCUGUAUUAUUAUGCAAAAGAGUGGUGCUGGAUUACAUACUGCUAGUUCUUGUUACUGGGAUAGUACUACUGAUGGUAGUUGUACAGUCAAGUGGGAAAACAAAUCUAUGUACUUCAUUGUCACGGUAUUUGGUUUAGCUAUCUGAUCGAUCCCCUUCGAUUUCAAAAGUGAUAUUCAAUCAUCUAAUCAAUUGUAUGGAGACUAUCUGUUGCAUUUUCAUGCUGACUAAUAUUUGUUGUCUGGCUUUGUUGUGAUUAUUAUCUUUAAUAAUAUAGUUUUCAUCACUUUUAAUAUAUUUUUAAUGGUCGACAAUCUUCAAAAUGCCAAACAUUCCAGUUGAAUAAACAUGUUUUAUGUGGCUAUAGAUUUAUGUACAGUUUUUCUUUCUACAUUCAGAUAUGUUGGCAGUGAGUGAAUGAAUGUAUGUAUUAGUGAAGCUGUUUUUUCAAACUCUGUUAAUUGGCGCAUCACAU